AUGAUGAAGUCUAGAAGUGUGCAGGUGCUUCUGACUCUGGCAGUUCUGGCCUUCCUUCUGAUCCACUCCCACUUCCUACUCUGCAGCAAAAAUGUCCCUAUGGUAGAAAAACCUUCUCAAGUCCACAUCCUCAUUCUCUCCUCCUGGCGAUCAGGAUCUUCCUUCACUGGACAAAUCUUCAGCCAGCACCCCAGUGUCUUCUACCUGAUGGAACCUGCAUGGCACGUGUGGGUUAAGAUGUACCAGAACAGUGCUGAAGUCUUACACAUGGCAGUGCGGGACCUCGUCAGGUCAGUCUUUCUGUGUGACAUGUCUGUGUUUGAUGCUUACAUGUCUAGCCAGAAGAAGAAGUCUGAUCUGUUUCAGUGGGAGACAAGCCGAGCCUUGUGCUCCCCCCCUGCCUGUCACUCCUUCAACCGCAGGGACAUAAUCCCUGCCAGCAGCUGCAGAACCAUCUGUGGCAAGUACCCCUUCAGCAAGGUGGAGGAAGCCUGUAAGACCUACAGCCAUGUUGCCGUCAAGGAGGUUCGGUUCUUUGACCUCAAAGUUCUCUACCCCCUUCUCACUGAUCCAUCCCUGAACCUCAAAAUCAUUCACUUGGUUCGUGAUCCUCGGGCUGUGUUCCGGUCCCGAGAGAAUACAGUGGCAAACCUGAAACGUGACAGUGACAUUGUUGUGGGCUCCCAGAACACUAAGGGAGAAAUGGGACCCUACAACACAAUGCAAGUAAUCUGCAAAAGCCAAGUUGAGAUUUACAAGGCAGGCAGUCAAGCUGUUCCCAGCUUCCUGAAAGACCGCUACCUGCUGGUUCGCUAUGAAGACAUUGUCAGAGACCCUCUGGCAAGGGCUGCUCAGAUGUACAGGUUUGCAGAACUCCACUUCACACCAGAACUUCAGAAGUGGGUGCACAACAUCACCCAUGGGAAAGGGCAAGGAUCACAGGCUUUUGAUAUUGGGUCCAGAGAUGCACUGAGAGUAUCCCAGGCCUGGAGAACCACUCUUCCCUUCCAGAAAAUAGAAAAAGUGCAAAAUGUGUGCAAGGAUGCAAUGGACUUGCUGGGCUACCGGCUUGUUCAAUCAGAAGAAGAGCAAAAAAAUAUGUCACUAGAUCUCCUGUUUACCCAGAUCUCCUCUGAGUAA